AUGACCUCGUGCGACCAGUACGACACCCGCUGGUGGAGAACCGCCCUUCUGCUCCCGGGCAUGGUUGUCAAGAAGAAAGGCGUGGCGGACCUUUUCAUGGUUGCCGGUCGUUAUCCCGAUCGAGCUGCUGCGUGCCUUUGGCCUCUGAAAAAGUUGACCAACAAGGUCUUGGCGCCCGAGUCGAUCACCCACAAGAGUCAGUUCACCUGGCAGUGUGUCCUCAAUGUGCUGGACUGGCAAGCAGUCGAACACGAGAUCAUGAGCCCAUUGCACAUGUUUCUUACGGACAGGGCGCUCCGAUCCAGGGCGGAUCUGCAAGGCCGUGUGCUGAUCAAGCAGAAUGGAACCAUGCCCCUCCUCACCUACUUGGCCAACAAAGGCUUCGCUGGACUGCCGCUGCGGUUGGAGCUCCUGGGCCAUGCAGUCGACACCGACGGGGGCGAGGGGGAUGCGGAUGAGGAGGCAGAAGCAGCUGCUGAUCCGGCUGAUGAGCUUUGCGAGAAUGUCUGGGCCACCGUGACGGGAGCACUGGAGUGCGACGAUGCUCGAGCGGCUGCAAUUCUGGAAAAGUCGGUUGCGCUGCGAGGUCCAGACAGCAAGUACUUCGACCUCUUGUGCUGCGACGAGGUCCAAGAUGCCUUCAAGGACGACGACUACAAGGACAUGGCGAAGUUUCUCGAGACAGUCGAGAGCAGCGACGAUGCGGCUCUUCGCUACGUCCUGAAGCAUGUCUGGGGCCUGCACCGCGAUCUCACUGGCGAGGAGUGCUGGGUUCGAGACUUGUGA